CGACGCCGGAGUCUUGGUUCUUAGAAGGAGCUGAGAGGCCUAGGCGAGAGCUUGAGGAAGUUUGGAACUGGGAAGUACGAAGCGCCUAGUUUGGGGUCACCUGUCGGAGGGUGGUGGCGCUGGGACACAGCGACCCAGACGGUCCGUGACUCCGCGGUCCAGAGUGGGCGGGGAAGCGGCUCUCUCUUUCUCUGUAGUCUGAGCUCAAGUCCCGCCCCUUUCCGGGGAGGCUUCCCUGGAUUGGCUGUCCUUCCUUAGCGUCAUACGGCCCCGCCCCGGCGCGCGCCCCGCCGCGUGCCCACCCCCGGGCGGCUGCUGCAGCCUACGCUCUACUGCCACAGCCUGCCGCCCGCGGAGCCGGAGCCCGACCCGGAGCGCGCAGAGCUCGACUUGGGCUCCUGGGCCGCGGCGGCGGGCAGGCGAUGCUCCAGAGGCCUGAGCAGCCAUGGAGGCCGAGGCGGGCGGCCUGGAGGAGCUGACGGACGAGGAGAUGGCGGCGCUGGGCAAGGAAGAGCUGGUGCGGCGCCUGCGGCGGGAGGAGGCGGCGCGCCUGGCGGCUCUGGUGCAGCGCGGCCGCCUCAUGCAGGAGGUGAAUCGGCAGCUGCAGGGUCACCUGGGCGAGAUCCGCGAGCUCAAGCAGCUCAACCGGCGCUUACAGGCCGAGAACCGUGAGCUGCGCGACCUCUGCUGCUUCCUGGACUCGGAGCGCCAGCGCGGCCGGCGAGCCGCGCGCCAGUGGCAGCUCUUCGGGACCCAAGCAUCCCGAGCUGUGCGCGAGGACUUGGGCGGUUGUUGGCAGAAGCUGGCCGAGCUGGAGGGCCGCCAGGAGGAGCUGCUGCGGGAGAACCUGGCGCUUAAGGAGCUCUGCCUGGCUCUGGGCGAGGAGUGGGGCCCCCGGGGCGGCCCCGGCGGCGCUGGGGGCUCAAGCGCCGGGCCGACACCCGAGCUCGCCUUGCCCCCCUGCGGGCCCCGCGACCUGGGCGAUGGAAGCUCCAGCACCGGCAGCGUGGGCAGUCCCGAUCAGUUGCCCCUGGCCUGCUCCCCAGAUGACUGAGAGCUCAGCUUCCUUCACGUCGACGCCCGACCAGACUGCUUCCCAAGCGCCGGGACUGCGGUGGACCUCGGGACCUGGACGCCGUCCCGCCUGCGCACGAGGGGCCGCUGGCAUGGAUUUGGAAACUCUGGCACCAAGGAGGGCCCCUCGCUCUCGCUGGUGGGGCAGCAGGGGGACUGGAGGCUGGAAAGAAGGGACUUGCUGGGGGCGGGGUGGGGGCUAAUAAACUGGAACGGAAGCAGA